CGUUCCUGGGGAAAGAUGGCGGCGGCCGAGAAAGCAGAAGCACGACGGGCGGGUGAAGAUCGGCCACUACAUCCUGGGGGACACGCCUGGGGGUCGGCACGUUCGGCAAAGUGAAGGUUGGCAAACAUGAGUUGACUGGGCACAAAGUUGCUGUGAAGAUUCUUAAUCGACAGAAGAUUCGCAGCCUUGAUGUGGUAGGAAAAAUCCGUAGAGAAAUUCAGAACCUCAAGCUUUUCAGACAUCCUCAUAUAAUUAAACUGUACCAAGUCAUCAGUACACCAUCUGAUAUUUUCAUGGUGAUGGAGUAUGUCUCAGGAGGAGAGCUAUUUGAUUAUAUCUGUAAAAAUGGAAGGCUGGAUGAGAAAGAAAGUCGACGCCUGUUCCAACAAAUCCUUUCUGGUGUGGAUUAUUGUCAUAGGCAUAUGGUGGUCCAUAGAGAUUUGAAACCUGAAAAUGUCCUGCUUGAUGCACACAUGAAUGCAAAGAUAGCUGAUUUUGGUCUUUCAAACAUGAUGUCAGAUGGCGAAUUUUUAAGAACCAGUUGUGGCUCACCCAACUAUGCUGCACCAGAAGUAAUUUCAGGAAGAUUGUAUGCAGGUCCAGAGGUAGAUAUAUGGAGUAGUGGGGUCAUUCUUUAUGCUUUAUUAUGUGGAACACUUCCAUUUGAUGAUGAUCAUGUGCCAACUCUUUUUAAGAAGAUAUGCGAUGGGAUCUUUUAUACCCCACAGUAUUUAAAUCCUUCUGUGAUUAGCCUUUUGAAACAUAUGCUGCAGGUGGAUCCCAUGAAGAGGGCCACAAUAAAAGAUAUCAGGGAACAUGAAUGGUUUAAACAGGAUCUUCCAAAAUACCUCUUUCCUGAGGAUCCAUCGUACAGUUCGACCAUGAUUGAUGACGAAGCCUUAAAAGAAGUUUGUGAAAAAUUUGAAUGCUCAGAAGAGGAGGUUCUUAGUUGCCUUUACAAUAGAAAUCAUCAGGACCCUUUGGCCGUUGCCUACCACCUCAUAAUAGAUAACAGGAGAAUAAUGAACGAGGCCAAAGAUUUUUAUUUGGCGACAAGUCCACCUGAUUCUUUUCUUGAUGAUCACCAUUUGACUCGACCCCACCCUGAGCGAGUACCGUUCCUGGUUGCUGAAACACCACGGGCUCGCCAUACGCUUGAUGAAUUAAAUCCACAGAAAUCCAAACACCAAGGAGUAAGGAAAGCUAAAUGGCAUUUGGGAAUUAGAAGUCAGAGUCGACCAAAUGAUAUCAUGGCAGAAGUUUGUAGAGCAAUUAAACAACUAGAUUAUGAAUGGAAGGUUGUAAACCCAUAUUACUUGCGGGUUCGAAGGAAGAAUCCUGUGACAAGCACUUAUUCCAAAAUGAGUCUACAGUUAUACCAAGUGGAUAGCAGAACAUACUUACUGGAUUUCCGGAGUAUUGAUGAUGAAAUUACUGAAGCCAAGUCAGGGACUGCUACUCCACAGAGAUCGGGAUCUGUCAGCAACUAUCGAUCUUGCCAAAAGAAUGAUUCAGAAGCUGAGACUCCAGGGAAACCCUCAGAAGCUUCUCUUACCUCAUCUGUGACAUCACUGGACUCUUCUCCUGUUGACUUAACUCCAAGGCCAGGAAGUCACACAAUAGAGUUUUUUGAGAUGUGUGCAAAUCUGAUUAAAAUUCUUGCACAAUAAACCUAAAAUGUUGCUUAUUUCUUUUAUAGCAAUAAGCAUGCAUAAUAAAUUAUAGCCAAAAUGCUUCCAUUUAUAAUCAAGUUAUACACAAUUGUAACUGAGAAUUGGCCUUUUUGAAUGCAAUUUGCACAGGAAUUGGAACAUUAUCAAUAGUUAAAAAUCUAAUGUUCAAAAUUAAAUAAUUUUGUUUAUUGUUUAAUUAGGUAUAUAGAGUAAUAUACAAAAUGAAUUAUAGGUCUCUCAGGCUCACUUGAUUUUUGGCUAUUUUAUAUUUAGUGUACACAGGGCUUUAUAGAAUAUUAAUUUACCAUAAAGGCCUUCAUAUAUUAUAUGUUGAUGUGUUAUAUAUUUGCUUCAUAAAGCUUUUCAAUAAAUAUUUGCAUAGAA